AUUCCAUCUACUUAAGCCCCAGACACUUAUCGCAGAUCUUGACUCAACCCUUUAAUUCAAAACCGACAUGCCUACUGUCCAGCCCCCCGCCAAGAUCCUCGUCACCGGCGCGAACGGUUUCGUCGCUGUGUGGGUCGUGCGCACGCUCCUCGAGCGCGGCUACACAGUCCGUGGAACCGUGCGAUCGGCCGACAAGGGAGAGCAUCUCAAGAAGCUCUUCAGCUCUUACGGCGAUAAGCUCGAGCUCGUCGUCGUUGAGGACAUCACCAAGGAAGGUGCAUUCGAUGAAGUCGUCAAAGGCGUGGAUGCGAUUGAGCACACCGCGUCGCCGUUCCACUUCAACGCCGAAGACCCCGAGGAGUUGAUCGGCCCCGCUGUCAACGGCACGGUCGGUAUCCUGAAGAGCGCUGUCAAGAAUGGGUCGUCUGUUAAGCGCGUCGUAGUCACCUCGUCCUGUGCAGCCCUUCUUGAAGAGCGUGACGAACCAACCGUCUUUACUGAGAAAGACUGGAACGAGAAGGCCGUCGCUGAGGUUAAGGAGAAAGGCCGCGAGGCAAGGAACGUGGCCAAGUACAGAGCGUCGAAGGUUUUAGCUGAGAAAGCUGCAUGGGAGUAUUAUAACCAGAACAAGGCGUCCGUGAACUGGGAAAUGUCGGUCCUGAACCCGCCAUUCGUCUUCGGCCCCGCCAUCCAUGAAGUCACUGUGCCUUCCGCGCUCAACACCUCCGCCCAGGUGUGGUGCAACAACAUUGCGCACCCGACUUCGAGCGGCGCGACGAAUGAGUUCCUUGCCACGGUUGGACAAGAAUGGAUUGACGUGCGUGAUCUCGCAGAGGCACACGCACUCGCUCUCGAGAAGGAAGCGGCGGGCGACGAGCGUAUCAUUGUCAGCUCGAGCGUUUACAAGUGGCAGGACUUCAUCGAUGCGGCUAACAAGGUAUCUCCACCGCCCAAGCUCUCGCAAAAGCUUGCGGUCGGCAACCCCGGCGCAGGCAGCGCAAACCCCAACACCGUCCAUAUGAUCAGUUUUGAUACCUCGAAGGCCAAGAGCAUUCUUGGGCUCAAGUACCGCACCAUUGAUGAGACGACGAGGGAUACACUUGCCGAUUUCGAGGCAAGGGGAUGGUAGAUUGUAUUACAUCGAUAGAACAUUUGUAUCAUUAGAACGAAUACGAAUUAUCGCCACAUCCGAUCACC